AUGGGCGCGUGCGAGAGAGACCAGCAGUGGCAGCUGGCUUUGUCGCUGCUCGUCGAGAUUCGGGAAGCGAAGUUGGAGCCAGACGUCAUCAGCCAGCAAGCUGGAGUCCGCGCGUACGAUAAAAGCUUGCAUGCCAUGCGGGUGCCGUCCUUGCUCAGCGAGAUGAGGAAGAGUGGCAUCAUCUCUGAAGUUCUGGACCGUGUGCAUGCGGAAAAGGUACUUGGACAGUCGUUCUGGAGGUUGUUGAAGGCGAUGAAUUUGUGGUUGUGUUUUUCAGCCGAGCUUCAAGUAGCAUGGCUGCGCCUAGCUUGUCCUCGUUUGCUUGGGCGUAGCUACAAUCACUUUAACGUCGCAUUGCUCAGCGUACUUGUCUGUCUGGUCUAG